CACACACCCAAACACGCGUGCCUAUUUGUCAUCAAUUGAAGUUAUGUAGUGUCAGUUAGCCAGUGCUAGUUGAUAGAAUCAGAAACUAUGACUAUGGUGCAGGGUAAGGGAUCAAGUGCAUCAGGUUUUCGUUGUUGAUUUAAAAGUUUGUGUGUGAAGUGAUCAAGUAGCUUAAUUCUAUAAGGUUUCACUUCCACUAUCCCCAAAAAUGAGUCUCAAAAAGAUACCAGGACCAACAGCUCUACCGGUAGUCGGCAACCUCUACCAAUACAUGUUUAACAAGUCGAAAAUCUUGAAAUACCACGAGGUCCUCCAGCAAUUGUACGAGAAAUAUGGACCCAUAGUGCGUGAAACGUUCGGAAACAAAACAAUUAUCCACCUUUUCGACCCGGUGGAUGCUAAAACAGUCCUAGAUAACGAGGAUAAAAGACCGUUUGUGGUUCCACUACAGGAAACUACUCUGUUGUACAGGAAAAAGUCUGAUAUGUCUCUGGGACUGGGUAAUACUAAUGGCGAAGAAUGGUAUAGGCUAAGGUCAGCCAUUAAGGGGUUCAUGUUUGAUUUCUAUGGACUGAGGAAUUUGUCGGUGAAGAAGGAUGGAGUGUUUGAUGAUAUUAUUAAGAAAUUGGGGGAUGAGAUUGACGAUAAUGGUCAGGUUAAAGAUUUGAGAAUGCUCUUCGGCAAAUGGGCUCUUGAGAGUUCAGGUAUCACAUGCUUUGAUAGAAGACUGGGGUACCUGGAUAAUGGCGAGAUGGAAAAAUUGGCUGAGAAAAUUAUUGAAGCCAAUAAGGAAGUUUUUUACCUAUCUGGAUUACUAAAGUUCUCAUUUCCUUUCUACAAAUACUUCCCUACUCCCAAGUGGAUCAAACUUGAAAAGGCAGAAGAUGUGAUAACGAAUGGGACAAAGUAUCAAAUGGAGAAAGCUUAUGAUGAAAUGUACGAAGUUAUGAGUGAGAACAGAGGAGAUAUUCCUAAUGACAGGUUCGAGUUCCUUACAGACUUACGGAAGAAGCUGAAUAAGAAAGAGAUAACCACAAUCAUGCUCUCAGUACACACAGAUGGAUUGAGCACUAUUGUACCCUCCUUGCUGUUCAACCUGUAUUGCUUGGCUAUCAAUCCAGAGAUUCAAGAGAAGGCUUACCAAGAAGUGAAAAAGUUCAUGUCAGAAGGCGCCCCUGCCACAAAAGAACUAAUCUCCCAAAGCAUGUGGGUGAGUGGAACAGUGAAGGAAACCUUCCGAUUCUUCCCGAUUGGCACCGAGAUCGCCCGAAUCCUCAAGAAAGAUCUGCCACUUUCGGGCCACAACAUCCCCCAGGGCAGCAACAUUCACAUCAACAUGAACGUCCACUUCUUCAACGAACAGUAUUUCAAAAAUCCACGCAUUUUCAACCCCAUCAGAUGGUCGGACGGGUUGACUGACCUCAGCGAAGACGCCAAAAGGGUCAGGAAAUACGUUCUGAUGCCUUUUGGCGCCAACAUUCGAUCUUGUGCCGGAAGGCUACUUGCUGAUCAGGAUUUGAUACUGAUGGUUUCCAGGAUACUGUAUCAUUACCAGCUUGUGUAUCCUGAGAACGAGAAACCGUUGCAACAGGUGUUCAAUACGUUGCUUGUGCCCGACCGAAAUCCGCCCAUAAGGUUUAUUAAAAGAAGUUGAGAAAA